ACGAGGUCCUCAUUUUCAAAACAAACAAAAUGGCGGCGCACAUGAGAUGGGGUCUCCUCCAGUUGUUACGAGCCAGGAACAAGUGUCACAUCAGGUUUCCAGAGCAGAUCAGGAGCUCACAUCUCUCCCAGUGCACCACCCGGAGCUCCAGAGGACUUGAGUCUCAUUGCAGGACAGCAGGAGCCACGUUCUUCUCAAUGAGACACUUCUCCAUCCAGACUCAAGACACUCCAAACCCCAGGAGCUUGAAGUUUCUCCCUGGUAAACCAGUCCUAGGAAGUGGGACUCUUGACUUUCCCUCUCCAAGCUCAGCGGAAUCCUCAUCUUUAGCCAGAGUCUUGUUUGAGAUUGAAGGAGUGAAAAGUGUGUUCUUCGGCCCUGACUUCAUCACAGUCACUAAAGCAGAUGAAGAUGUGGAAUGGACACACAUCAAGCGUCAUGCUUUGGACGCCAUUACUAAGUUCUUCGAAAGCGGUGACCCGAUAACAACAGGGACAGUUAACAAUGAAAGCAGUAUUUCUGAAGAUGAUGAUGAAGUUGUAGCUAUGAUAAAGGAGCUUCUGGACAACAGGAUUAGGCCGACGGUGCAGGAGGACGGAGGUGAUAUCAUCUACAAGGGUUUUGAGGACGGCAUAGUCAAGCUGAAGCUGGUCGGCUCCUGCACAGGGUGUCCCAGCUCCUCAGUCACGCUGCGGAAUGGGAUUCAGAACAUGCUUCAGUUUUAUAUCCCAGAAGUAGACAGUGUGGAACAGGUGGAAGACGAAGUGGAUGAAAUCAAUGCAAAGGUUUUCUCAGAGCUGGAACGCAAAUUACAAGAAUGAAAAACCUGUUCAACCAAUGCACUCGUUAACUUUGUUUUUUCGCUGUGUUAAAACAAAAACAUUCAUAAUUUCUAUAUAAUAUUUCACAUAGUACUAGAAUGAAGAGAGAUAAGCAAUUUCAGCUAUUUUAGGUGCAUAUACUGUUCAAGAUUUGAAGCUGUGUUGUCUGUGUACAUACUGAAUGUCCCCGUUACUAAAGAUGAAAAUAUAUGUUGUUGACCUAUAUAUGGAAGAUACAAUAAUUUUACUGGCUACGCAGAAAUGUUAAGUGAUGGCUAUAAAAGUGUUGUUGUAUUUAUUUCUUAUAAAUAAUGUAUAUUUUGAAAUACUGUAAUAUUUUCAUAGAUUGUCGAGUUCUUGACAAUGUGAAAUGGUCGAGCAGAAUGAAGUUUGAAUAAGGUGUUAGCUAUUGAAACUGAAAAGAAGGUUGUUUUUGUUAAUACAUCGACAAAUGAAAUAAAAUGCCACGGUUAAUAAUAACACCGAAGUAAGUUUCUCACCCUAAAAUACCUGUAUGCUAUUUAUGUGCGUUGCGCUGCUCACAUAAGAUUUACUGUAUCGCAUUAAACAAAGUUCACAGUUUGAAAGCUUA